CACACACACACAUACUGCUGAGUAAAACACUGUGUUUUAGUAGGGUGUACUGCUGCACGCUAAUUUAGACCAGACAGUUGUAGGCACUGCACAACAGAGAGCAAGAGAGAUUCAGCCUGAAUCCAGACCCAAUGUGAUCUGGAUAGUUAGAAUUGCUCAAGCAAUUAAUUAACUUUGGCAAUAGUUUAGAGUUUUAUGAUAACUGAAUACACCAAGUAUUUGGCAGGUUGCUCUGUUGGUAACCAUACCCAUUAUGUAAAGAGAACAAAAUCAUCCAAGUGUCUCUGGGAAAUCUCUGACUUUGGUGCACAUUUAACUUUUGCAUAUGCUAUGCUAUGUCUAGUAACAUAAGUACUUAGUAGUUAUUUUAUAAAAUAACUGGGUACACAUGAUGGGUAUACAUAUACUGUUAUGGAAGAUUAUAUCCACAAUUUUAUGAUAUAUUACUACAUUGUAAUAUAUCAUUAAAUUGUGUAGAGAUGAAGCAAGUAGUUGAUGAAGUAAUUUGUCAAUUUGCACAAAAUUAAUCGGCAACUAUUGUGAUAAUUGAUUAGUUGUUAUUUUUCAAACAAAAGUUCCAAAUAUUCUCUGGUUCCAGCUUCUGAAUUUUGAGCAUUUACUUUUGUCUUCUAUCUUUUUUUAACUUACACACAACUCAUCAGAUCAGAUGUUAUAUCAGCAUUAAGUGAUCAGUCAAAAAGUUGCUUAUGACUAGCUAUAUGACAUCUCAUUGUAGUAUUGCUAUAGGUCCAAGUUUACUUGCUGCCAGCUUUUAAUAACAAACACUGAAACAACAAGAGCCGUUUCGCCAUUUAUAAAGUUAAGGCUGAAUUGAAACAGGAGCUGGACUGGUGGACUAACAAGCAGAUGUGCUGUACUUUAUGUUUGUGCCCAGACAUUCUGAAUUCCCAAACAUUCACAAUACUGACAUCAAUAUCUUCCAAAACCUCAAAUGUAGCAGAAAAUAAAAACAAAGUUAAUUAGGUAGUGUCAUUGUGGAUCUACUUAAACAGGUCGAAUGAUUAAUAUCAUGUGUACUGUAUCUCAUAAUAAUGCAAUCUUUAUCUCAUAAUUACAAGAACUAGAUCUUAUAUUUACUGAAUGAGAUGCAAACUCAUUAUUUCGGGGGAGAGACAAAAGAAAAAACUGGAAAGUUGUUAAGUUAAAAUUACCAGAUGGAAGUUAUCAAGGCGUUUCAACAUACUGAUCCAAAAAUAAUUUAACCAUUUUAAUAUUUCAAUAAAACAGUCUUGACCAUUGAUUUACAACAUUUAUCGAAUAUAACAUUAUCUAAUAUAACCAGAAGUAUUAAAGGGAUAGAUACCUCAGUGUAAAUGAAAUGACAGCUGACAGAUUUAUAUUGUCUUUCAUUAUAUAUUGUCAUACGGCCCAAAACCUUUAUGUAGAUUUGCUUAUUUCAAAUUUUAAUUAUUAAUUCAGUCUAGCUCGUGGUUAAGAUCAUGUUUUGAUCUAUUUCAGCAAAGCAACUGAAAACAAAACUUAUACACAAAGGGAUAGACUUCUGCCUACCAUACCAGAGAAUAAUAGAAAGUGCUUAGUCUUCCAAGCUGUCACAUUUAACUAAAAUUUAAUAUAAGUCAUGUCUCUUAUGUGUGUCUGUCUUUUAGGUCGACAGUUGCACAUAUUAUAAAUUCUCACCAAAAAAAAACCCUUAGUAAUAAGUUGCUUUUUCUUAAAUUUAUCACUUUUCUUCUUGUCUGAAGGUCACACAUGAUGGGAAAGAUGUAUACACAGUCAGGAGUCUACUGGAAACACGUGAAUGAUUUUGUUGUCAGUGUUGUCACCACUGGUAGAUGAUUUGUGGGGGAAUGUGGUGUAUUCUUUUUAGCCCAUUUCUACAGAGAGAAUGGGAAAAGGAUAAAGAAGAGGUGGGAGAAAUUAACGAAAGUAUCCCUUGAAAAUAAAUGAUGGUGUUAAUGAAAAAGAAAAAAAGAAUCUCAAGAUAAUGACACUGAUCCACUGACCUUUUGCCUGUACUGCUUUUAGUAAAUACAAAUCUUUCCUUCCUGCAUUAAAAAUGACUGACAACAAACAUUCCUAAAAGCACCACAAAGAUGAUGAGGAGGAGGGAGAUGUAACACUGGAGUUGUGAAAAUGAUGAUUUGAAUCCAUCACAAACAUUUCCCCUCACAAACAAAAAGCACAUCAAUAUGCAACAAACUAAAUUAUUUUACCUGUGACAUUUGUACAUGAUGUUAUAUUUUAUAAACUAGAAGACUCAGGAUACAUUUUGUUACAUUUGCUGGAACUUUGCCUUGGAAAUACAUGCUGAUACCAAAACAGAUCCAGAUUAAUUCCUUUAAACUGGUAAAACCCUGUGAUUCCAAUGUAAAACUUAAAUAGUUGUAGAUUUUUUUUUUUAAUUAUUUAGAAAUCCUAGUAGUGACAUGAAGUGAAAGAAUGUGAAACACUGUAGGUUGAUGCUAUCAGUAGUUUAUCUGUGUGGUUACCUGUUUUGGGUUGGUGUGUGUUGUCUUUGUGUCUGCACUUAAGGCAUCUCUGCAUUUCCCAAAGCCCUUCAAGACAUUUCCAUGUGUGUGUGUGUGUGUGUGUGUGUGUGUGUGUGUGUGUGUGUGUGUGUGUGUGUGUGUGUGUGUGUGUGUGUCACCCAGUUUCAGUUGUCUGAUGUCAAAAUGGGGGAGGAAAAAUGAUUCCCGGAAGUAUUUUUCUACACUUCUUGGCCAAAUGAAACUGGACUACCCAAUCAGACAAGAAAAAUACCUAACCAGAUGAGACAAGUCUAAGCCAUCGCUGAGUGCUCCAGCCAGCAUGAAGAUUUGUGUGUUUGUGUGUGUUGUUACAUUAUAGUUAUUAGUAUGUGUGAACAUGUCUGGAAACAUUCAUGUGACUCUGUGCAUGUUGAAGGUGAAGUAGUGUGAGUGUGAGUAGGAUUUGAUGGUGUUCACCAUGACUGAAGAGGACACGAUUAACUGCACCAUCAGCCAUGAAAUCCACCAGUACAUCUUCUCCUGUGUGUAUAUCUUUGUACUAUUGGUUGGUGUUCCCUCCAACUUGUAUGCUCUGUACCAUGCUGCUCUACAGCUGAAGCAGAAGAAUGAGCUGGGAGUUUAUUUAUUGAACCUCACUGUGUCUGAUCUGUUAUACCUGGCAUCAUUACCACUGUGGCUCCAGUACAUCUUUCAGGAUGAUGAUUGGCGUCACAGGGAAUGGUUGUGUCAGUUGUGUGGCUUCCUGCUCUAUGAGAACAUCUACAUCAGCAUUGGCUUCCUGUGCUGUAUCAGUCUGGAUCGCUACCUGGCUGUGGUCCAUCCUUUAAGGUUCACCUCGCUCCGCUCUAUGAAUACAGCGUGGCUUGUUAGUGCUAUCAUCUGGUUGAAGGAGAUCGCAGUAGGCGUGGUUUUCUUCCGCCACAAAGAACUGAGCAAAGACCGCAAGAACCAAUCAGUGUGUUUCGAGCACUACCCCAUGCAACCGUGGGAGUACCCAAUCAACUACUACCGCUUCAAUAUCGGCUUCAUGUUCCCUCUGGCCAUUCUAUCAAUCAGCUACCUGUGUGUCCUUCGUGCUGUGGGUCGGAGUGCUGGGACACAGCCAGUUCAGAAGAUAAGGAUCAGGCAGUUAGUCAGCAGCACCAUUCUCAUCUUCCUUGUCUGUUUCUCCCCGUACCAUGUCUUCUUAUUAGUACGCACCCUGCUGGAGCGGGACUGCAACUUUAUUACAGGAAUAUUUAACUACUACCACCUCUCGUUGCUGCUGACCACCCUGAACUGCUUAGCCGACCCUGCUCUGUACUGCUUUGUCAGCGAAAGUGCCCGCAACGGCGUGUACAGAGCCAUUAUCCUACCCUUUGCCAGGAUACUCUGUUGCUGCUGUCGCCGUGAUAACGCAAGUCCUGCCAAGAUAGCAACAGAUUCCCAUGAGGUCGCCUUUGACGAGAACAACAGCCACCCAACUGUGAUGCUGCUCACACAUACCAGCACACUCAACAAUGUAAAAACAGACCCUGCCAGUAAAAGCACAAUUUUAAUCACACAAACUGAUGAAAAAACUACAAUACCCUUAAUUGUACAAAAUAACAGUAACUGACAAAUGUGUGAAUAGUGAUGGAAAAUCCAGCUGUGUGAUAGCCGUGGUGGAGCAGAGCCAAAAAACAGAAGGGACUAAGGAGACUCAGAAAAGCAACAACAAAUUAUCCAAAGACUAAUCAUAAACAAUGCUAUCAGAAACCUCAGGGCAAUGGGAUUAAAAGGACAAGACUGAUUCAGUAAACUAAAAGUGAGUGGAGAACACAUAAGAGACCACACACAACUAUGUCUGUAAAGCUCAAUCUGGUGUACAUUAUCAUCCAUUGGCAUUGGAGUGAAUGGACUGAGUUUUCUUUUCUCUCAAGUGAUUUUUGCAAGCUCUAGAUUGAGCAGCUUCUAUUUUGUCAGAGGAAAUGUGUUGUUUACAUUUUGAUGUGUUGUGGACACGGGAGCAAAUUGGAGUUUUAGAUUGAGAAAAAGGCAAAAAUCAUCAGGAAAUCAUAGUUAUUGACCUGCAAUGAAAACUGCCAGAAAAAUCUUUAUUCUUUAUUAUCUUUAUCUUUAUUUCUCCCCUGGAAGGGAGUUUGCCAGUAUUCUUUAAAACAAUAGUAUUUAGGUAAAAUCUUCUAAUAAGGUACCCUUUAUAAAGGGUAGUUGUAAGCAAUGGCUUUAUUAAUGGUUAAUAAAUAAUUUACUUAUCAUAAUAGAUCAGUUGUAAACCAUUACCAACAGCCAGCGGUAGUGUAGCUUGAAAUCAUAUUGUGCGUGGGCAUAGAAAAAAUCAUCUGUGCCUACCUCACCCACCUUUAGUUGCAGUAUUUUUGUAAAAAUAGGCAACUGUUACCAUAAUGUUACCUAGUAUCACUAGUGUUUAAUUAAGUGACAUUGCCAGUGGGAAUAAACUGAAAAAAAAUCAUAACACCUAACGGAGAAACUGCAUGGCACCAUAGUUUGGCAGUUCCUGAUAACUGUGCAUGUGAACACAACCAUGCAGUUGACAGGAAAAAUCACAGCAAAUUCAAUGUUUAGCCAUAUGUACAGAUACACAAGCAACAAACACACACAAUUUGUCAUAUAGGGUGACCAGGGUCCGUAGGACAACAUUCAUGAUGGAAAAUACAUUACAGGGGCUUAACUUAAUGUCCAGCAGGUGUCUAAGUACAGCCAUUUUGACAUACAUCAAUCAGCCACUACAUUAAAACCAGUUACCUUUCAGCCACAACAUUAAAACAGGUAACUGGUUUUACUGUUGAAAGUAUUCAGACCACUUCACAUUCUGCACACUUCAUUGUGUUGUAGAUUUUAUUUUGAAUGGAUAAAAAAUUACCAUUUGGCCCAUCAGUCUAUACUCAAUAACCCAUACUGACAAAGUUAAACUGAAAUCUGAAAACUGAAAUCUUCUAUUUACAAAAGUUUUCAGACCCUUUGCUGUAACACUCCAAAUUGUGAUCAUGUGCAUUUUAAUGUGCAUUUAUUUAUCCUUGAGAUGUGUAUUGAAUUUGAUUGGAGUCCACCUGUAGCAAAUUAUUUAAGAGUUUGGAUAGUUUAGAAAGGCACACUCAUGUGUGUAUAAAGUCCCACUAAGUGUAUAAACCCAUUUCUAAAGCUUUGAGUGUUCCCUGGAGUACAUUGGUCUCAAUAAUUAUGAAAUGGAAUAAGUUUGGAACCACCAGGAAUCUUCCUAGAGUUGGCCGUCCUGCCAAACUGAGUUACCAGUCACGAAGGGCCAGAGAGGUGACCAAUAAGCCAAUGGUCACUGUAACAGAGCUUCAGAAGUCCUCUACAGAGAUGGGAGAACCUGCUGUAAGAUGACCAUCUCAGCAGCACUCCUUCAGUCAGGCCUUUAUGGUAGAGCAGCUAGACAGAAGCCACUUUGAGCAAAAGGCAUAUGACAGCCCGUUUGGAGUUUGGUGGCAUUUCUCUGGUCUAAUGAGACAAAAAUUGAACUGAGCAGAACUCCAAACACUAUGUCCAGCAAUCAUCACUGGGCCAAUACAUCCUUACAGGGAAGCAUGGUGGUUGCAGCAUCAUGCUAAGGAUGUGCUUCUCAGUUGCAGGGACAGAGAGACUGGUCAGAAAUGUCAGAACAACAAUGACCUGUAGCAUACAGCCAAGACAAUGGUGUAGUGGCUUCGUGACAAGUCUCUGACUGUCCAUGAGUGGCCCAGCCAAAGCACAGCAUUAAACCCCAUUGAACAUCUGUGGAGAGACCUGAAAAUGGCAGUUAACAGACGCUUCACAUCCAAUCUGAUGGAGCUUGAGAGGAUCUGCCAGGAAGAAUGGGAUAAACUAGCUUGCAGAGACUUACCCAAAAAGACUCAAAGCUGUAACUGCUUUAAUCUACCAAAGAGGCAUCUACAAUGUACUGAAUUAAGGGUCUGAAUACUUUUGUAAGUCAGCGAUUUCAGUUUUUGAUUUUUAAUAACUUUGCAAAAAUUGUAUUCUAUUUUUCAUUAUGGGUUAUUGAUCGUAGACUGAUGGGCAAAAAUGACAAUUUUACCCAUUUGAAAUUAAAUCUACAACAGAAUAUAAUUUGCAAAAAGUGAUGGGUUUGAAUACUUUCUGAAGCCACUGUAUGAUUCCAUAAUGUUGAUUCGUAUCUCUUGCUAGAAGUAAUCUAUAAUGUGGCAAAGCUGGGACAUCAUCUUCUUAUUCCAUUAGAAGAUGCGAUUUAUCUUGUAUUUAUAAUGAUGUAACUGUAGGAAGAAGCUCUUUAAUAUUGAUAACAAAUUAGUUUAUUUUCUGGCUUAAUCCAUAUGACAUACAAUUCUAUAUGACAUACAACCCAGAAAAAAAGACCGCAAGACUUCUACAAUAGUUUUAUUGGGAUAGUGAGAUAAAAUAACAGCACAGAACAUGCAGUAUCAGAACAAAUUUAAUAAAAACUUGAAGCUAUGCUGAAAUCACAACUGCAUUAUAAGCACAUCUCGAUUUCAUGA